AUCAAUCAAAUAGCUCUGCUGAAAUCCCUCCUCUUUGAUUGAAGGCAAUUCAAUCCCUAGACCGCCUUCCUUCAACCCAUGAUUAGCGAUUUGCUUUUUGCCAAGGCGAUUAGCGACGUGGAGCCGAUACUAACAGUGACUAACAACAAAUUUAUUUUUUUUUUUUUUCAGUAAAAAAGAUUCUUAAAAAGCAUUCAACUCGAUGCACAAUGUGGUAAUUAAUGGUGACAAAGUAUCUAAUCUUAUAGUAACAGAAAAUUGAGUGAUGCCAGAGGGGGUUGGAAAACCUCAGAGGAGGAGGGGGUUUUGUUUUAGACAUUGAAAGGCGCAAAUUGAAGGAGUUGGGUGUAAUGGGUUUUGGUUGGUUUUGGCUUUUGGGGUAACUUCUGACGAUACCGAUUCUCAAGCUUCCUCCCAUGACCGCUUUUGCCGCUCACCCGGUCGUGUCAUGCAACCCUAUAUGAUGGGUAGGGUUAAGCUAAAGAUCAAGAAAUUGGAGAACACAAAUGGCCGUCAAGCGACUUAUGGCAAAAGGAAACAUGGCAUCAUGAAGAAGGCAAAGGAGUUGUCUAUUCUAUGUGACAUAGAUAUUAUCCUUCUCAUGUUCUCACCAACUGGCAAGCCUUCAAUAUGCAAAGGAAAACGGAGCAUUGAAGAAGUCAUUGCAAAAUUUGCUCAGUUAACACCUCAAGAAAGGGCAAAAAGGAAGUUAGAAAGCCUUGAAGCGCUGAAGAAAACUUUUAAGAAGUUGGACCAUGAUGUUAACAUACCUGAAUUUCUGGGCACAAGUUCUCAAACAGUAGAGGACCUGUCAAACCAAUCAAGGUUACUGCAGAAUCAACUUUCUGAAGCGCAUAAGAGAUUGAGCUAUUGGACUAAUCCAGAUAAGAUUAACAACAUAGAGCAUCUGGAUCAAUUGGAAAAUUCACUCAGGGAAUCACUUAAUCAACUUCGAGCUCAUAAGGAUUAUUUAGGAGAACAGCAACUUAUGUCGUUAGAAUGCAAUAAUCAGUUCCAAAAUGGGAUGCAUGUACCUUUCAGAGUUGGUGCUGAUCAGCAGGUCCCACCUAUGCCUUGGAUUCCAAAUAAUGACAGUCAACCAAUUGUGUUACCAGAAGAUCCAAAUCUCCUUCCCCAUAGGGAUGUCGAGUGUUCUGCAAGUUCCUCCUUUGGGAGUUAUUCUGGUUACUUUGGCACAGGAAAGAGUUCAGAACUAUCUAAUUCUAGUCAAGAAAAUGGUGUGAAUGGUCUUCUUAAUGAGUUAAAUGGAACUGCAUCACUGAGGCUGCAGUUGGCUGGGCAGUAUCCUUACUUGCCAAACAAUCUGAAUUUGCUGAAUGAUGAAAAAUUCCAACCUGCAGCAGAGAUGAACCUACAAGAAAGCCCUGUUGAUUUUCAUGUUAAUGGAAGUUUUGAAGCUCCUAAACCUGGAUAUGACACUACCCAUGGUAGUUGGGCUUCUUCAUCAGGGCCAUGUGCUGUUACCAUGUUUGACGAGCGUUUCUAUUCCCGGAAAGAUCAUCUGUAUGGGAGCAACAAUGAGGAAUAUUACAGAAUUUCCUGAGUGGUAGCUUCGUUUGGGCUCAUGGGAAGUGUGAUUGUCUCAUGAACUAGGAUAUCACACGAUCUUAAGCAACCAAACUGAGCGUGAUGGAUGAUCUUACUGUUUGGCAACUGAUGAAGUUGCUGGAGAGCUUGGCCGCAUUUAUGUGAAAUUGCGUAUCCCCACCAAAUGAAGCUUCUGAAUUUGCAAUAGAUUUUUAGCCAUGCAAAUGUGAGAAGCAGGCAAUGAGAUGCAUACAUAUAUAUGUUUGGCAUGAUAAAAGCAUAGAAAUGCCCCGAUGUUGGUUACUAGUUAGAAAGAGAAUUAUGCCUAAAUUGAGGCAUUACUUUUGUGAUACUACAGUUUCUUCUGUAUACAAACUACAUAAAUAUUAGGUUUUGCGAAGUUUUCUUGUUUUUGGUGACAAGGUCACACCUAUGGCAGCCAGAGUACUGCUUCCUUGUCCUCCCCAAGUGUGUCCUGAGAUGUAAAUUAUAAACCAUAUAUAGCAAUAACCAUAUAGAAAUUGUUGUAAGUCAAGAACUACAUUUAUGAAUUGAUUUUUUUUUUU